UCGGGGACCGGCUCGCCCCGGCCAGGCGCGGGGGGCGGGGGCUGUUCCGGAACCAUUGCUGCGGGCCGCGGGGUGUUACACCGAUCCGCGCCCCCCGGGAGCAAAUGUCCAGCAACAGCAUGGCCGACCCGCGGCGGCCCAACAAGGUGCUGAGGUACAAGCCUCCAUCUACAGAGAACAAUCCCACGCUGGAAGAUCCCACUCCAGAUUACAUGAACCUGCUGGGGAUGAUUUUCAGCAUGUGCGGCUUAAUGCUUAAACUGAAGUGGUGUGCUUGGAUUGCUGUCUAUUGCUCCUUCAUUAGCUUUGCCAACUCCAGAAGCUCAGAGGACACCAAACAGAUGAUGAGCAGCUUCAUGUUGUCUAUCUCUGCUGUGGUGAUGUCCUAUCUACAGAAUCCCCAACCCAUGUCCCCGCCUUGGUGAAGAGAUUACAGCUCAUUGCACACCUCCUUCUUGCAAAUCCCAGAGAGACGCUAUCGGCAGAGAGGAAGGAUUCACACGCUAGAACCAUCUGUUUGUACAAGCAGUGUGUUGUAACACUCGGCUAUCAAAAUAAAUGGGUUGUUGCUGUAGGA